GUCGUUUAGCAGUUAAUUUUGUAGCAAUACCCAUGGCAUGGAGUGCAUUGCCUAAAAAAAAAAUCCUGAAAACAAUUAUAUAUAUUGAAUAUGUUUAUUAUGGGCCUGCGAAUAAUGUUUAAUUAAAAAAAUAUUCACUGGACAUCAUUCAUCCAUGGUGAAGUGAAGUGUCAUCCAUAAUUACGACUGGCAUCAAUCUUUCACCAUCAUCGUUUCCUGGAAGGAUAAUUGCAGACAGAUUAACUUCAUCCUCAUCUAGCCACUCAACAUCCUCUGAAUGUGCAUUUUCUCUUCUGGCAAUAACUGCCAUGAAUUAUCUUUGCCUUCUAGCAGCGAUUCUCAAAGGACUGAACCGUUUUAUCUAAGUUGAUUCUGGAAUAGUUUGGGUUGGCACAUUCUCCCGAGCCCGAGAUCUGUGUUGUCCUGCAUGUUUCUUCGACAUUGUUUGUGAGGCAAAUUAUAAGUGGCAUUCUUUGCAAAUUCGAUCAAGUAAGCUGGUCUGCAAAGAUGGAAAAUAAAGAUCAUAUAGUUGUACUUUGAAAACUCCUGUUGAUCUCGGAAAGGCUAUACAUAAAACAAGGCUUCGCAACAGCAUAAUAGCGCUCCUAGCGAGAGGAAUCGUGAACAACACAUUCAGGAGAUAGGCAUUUCAUUCUAUUUUGACUUAAAACUAAUUCAAAUGUUUCACAAAAUUUUUGAAAAUUAUUUUUAAAGCUAUUAAAUUCUACAAAAAAAUAAAAGAAUAAAUUAGAAAUAAAAUUUAAAAAAAAAAAAAAAAAAAAAAAAAAAAAAAAAAAACAAAAAAAAAAAAAAAAUGUGUGACGUCCCACAUGACCUGACCCCCUCUCCCUGUCACAAACUGUCACACUUUCUUACACCCACACCCCCCCCCUCUGGAGCGUGACAUACUUUAUGGACGGCCCCAGAGAGAGAGAGAGAGAGAGAGAGAGAGUGACAGGGAGAAGGUGGAGGGAGAGAGAAUCAGUUGUUCUUUAAAGAUUACUAAGCGUUAAAACAAGUAACAAAUGCUCAUCAUGUGAAUAAGAAUUAAAGACAGGAAAAGUCAAACAAUAAGCACCUACGAACUACACCAGUGGUUCUCAACCUUCCUAGUGCCGCGAUCAUUUAAUACAGUUUCUCGUGAUGUGACGACCCCCAGCCACACAAUAAUUUGUGUUGCUACUUCAUAGCUGUAAGGAUAUGUGUUUUCAGAUGGUCUUAGACGACCCAUGGCAAAGGGUCACGCGACCCCCAAAGGGAUCGUGACCCACAGGUUGAGAACCGCUGAACUACACGGUAAUUAAAUGUUGAUAUACCAGAAUAUUAUGUGUAACAUUGAUUUUAACUUUUAAUUUAAUUAAGUGGCCAACUUAUGUUGAAAUUUGGGAUGGGGUACUCAGGGACAUGACCCACAUUGUUGGUAAAUAUUUCACUUCAAAUGUUUUGCUUUAGAAAGAAAUCCCACCACAUUUGAGGUUGCCCUAAACGUUUAGCUUUAUCCUUUAUAAAUUCUCCAAAAGCGACAUUUCCAUUUGAUGUGAACGACAGGUACGGAAGCGACAAUAAAGGUAAAUAGGGUCACAUUGAGCGAGCCAUAUUGCUGCAUUUUGACAGUGUUGCAAAAGUCAACUCCACAAGGGUUCUCCUUUUAAGUAUUGAAUACUAUAUCGAUCAAAGUAAUUUCUCUUAAAGAUAUUUCAUGAAAUGGGUAUUAUUGAACUUAAAAGUAAAAACAAUCUUCAAAAAAGGCCAGGAAAUGGACAAACGAAAAAUUUCAGAUCAAAACCAUCUUGAACAAAAACAAACAAAUUUGACUUAAAAGGCCAAUCUGGUAACCAGUAAUCGGUUGUGUUCUGUCCAUAUUAAAAAAAAAUAUCAAACAACGAUUUUGUCGUAAAGUCUUAAAAUAUGUAAUAAUUGUUAGCUAAAACGGCCAAAGUUUUUAAAAUUUAAACCUAAUAAUCGAUAAUAUUUAUUAUUAAUGAAUUAAAGGGCGAAAAAAUUAUUUAAAAAUUUGGAGCUCUUAAAAGUUGUGGUUUUGUUCUUCGUGUUAAAUUUAUUCAAUCCAUUACCAUGUCUAUAAUGAAUGUCACGUCGCCGAGUGCUAACUGCUAUAACUAUAACUAUAAAAUAUGUGGUUAGAAUUAUUUAUAAUGAUAGACCAAUAACAUGUUUAAUGUUAUGUUAUAAUUGGCUCCAUUUCAUUGCCAUUGGUAGGUAUCAUAGGCCUAGCAGCGGCGCCUAGCCUAAAAAAGUUAAUAAAACUGGUUUCAAUCAGUGUAUACUGCAUGAGCAUGUAACAUGUAGUGUGAGUGUGGUACUGGGAAAAAAAAAAAAGAAGAGUCAUUUUCACGGAGUAGAAAGCAUAGGCCAGGCUUAGGCCAACAAAGUUCCAACAAAAACAUAAUUGGGUAAAUGUUAAGGACGACUGCCACUAUUUUAUCGAAUUUAGCCAAAAUCGAUCCCUAUGCCGAUGCCUAAACUGAACCCUAAAUCGAUCCCUAUGCCUAACCUGAACCCUAAAUCGAUCCCUCAACCUAACCUAAACCCUAAUUCACUGCAACUAUAAUAAACACCCAAAAGACACUGUGGCAGCCGUCCUUAACAUUAGCCAAAAUUGAUUAUGACAUCACAUGGCUAAUGCCGGAGUUGGGUUACACCUCCAGAAAUGCCAUGGCUUACCCUACCCUACUGAUACUCUGCUGAAAAUUACCUUAUGCCUCUAGUAGGAACUCAUGUCCUGAAUAAUAAUAAUAGACUAGGAUCAGUGACAAUGAUUAGAUGAUAGAGUAUUAUAGAAUAGAAACUAGAGCAGCGGUUCUCAACCUCGGGGUCGCCUAAGACCAUCUUAUGACAUAUAUACUCUACUACAGUUGUAACGUAUCAACGAAAAUAAUUUUGUGGUUGGGGGUCGCCACAACAUGGGGAUCUGUAUUAAAGGAUCGCUGCAUUAGAAAGGUUGCGAAUCACUGGAAUAUUCAAUAGAGAUGUAUUGGAUAGGGGGUCCUAACUUGUCCUAAGCUUAGCCUUCCCUGCUUAAACUUGUUUGGUAAUCUCAUAUUUUAGCAUUUAAUUUAUAGUGUACUUAGUACUAAUUUAUACCUAGAGAUAGACCAGAGCACUUCCACCUUUUUUUCAUGCGUGGCUCACCUCUUUGCUUUCCGAAAAUUCCACCAUAAACUUAAAGGAAAAAUCUUGCAGUCAAGAGUAUAUAAGUAAAUAAAUAUGAGCCAGUAGACCUUUUAUACAAAUAAUUAAAUAAUACUAAAUUAAAAUAAAAGAAUAUAAUAGUAGACUAUCCCACCCAUCCUAUCCAAAUUAAAGUCAAAAUCUAAUUUGAGAGUUGAAGAAGAUGGGGAUGAGGCGAAGCAAGUCAACUGUGGUCUGAACCUUUUGUGUGGUGGAAUAUUGGAAAUGGGUCUAAUAAGACUUACAAGUAGGGCCUGUACUGCUUCAAGUAUAGCUUAUUUAAUAUGGUAAUAUAUCUUGGUGAGAAAGAAAAAAUUAUAUUUAUACCAGAUAUACCGGUAACCAAAAAUGAAUAUUACACAUUUACAAAUUAAUCUUACUUUACUAGUAGGUCCUAUUAGGCAUCAAACUUAGCCAUGGAUCAAGUAACGGCGCGAAACCUAUUUGAACAAGGUGCUAUGUUCAUUCUCAUUGGUUUUCCUGAAGGGUCUGAAUUUGGUAUUGAUUAUAACUCAUGGAAUGUCGGUCCUAACUUCAAGGGAGUUAAAAUGAUACCUCCAGGACUCCAUUUUAUUUAUUAUAGGUAGGCAUAAUUAUAAUUUAUUAUUUUUUUAAAACUUCGAUCAAUGAAUGGUCUUAAAGUUGUUUGGUGAAGUAAUUGGUAAGCAAUGUGUUAGGAUAAUUAAUUGUCAUGAUUGGCAGAUGGGGACAACUGCCUUCUAAUAUCUUGUCAUAUGUUAUAUUCUGUGUGUAUUGACAGUACCGGUAUAUAUAAUUAUUAUCUUUUAUCAUCAGAAAAUGUUUAUUUUUACAAUAUAUUGUAUUACACAAUUUUAGGAUUUAAAGGUAAUAUAGCCAUGACUCAAAUUUUAAAGGCGUACGGUAGUGCAUUUUCAAAUCCUUGGAAUAAAGAUUUACUACAAAAAUUAAAUUGAUAAAUCAGAAAAGGGAUAUUUAGCUAUUGUUAAUGAAUGCUACUUCACAUGGUUUAACUCUUUUGACAGAUGUGUUAUUUUUUUUUGUAUUCCUUAUUUAAAGUCUAGAACUAGAAUUGCCAGUAUUUUUUACAUUCUGUUACAAUUGUUUACUUCUCACAAAAAUUGUUUUACAUUGUCAUUGUGAAUUGUAAUAAUUUUUGCCAAUGAUAACUUUAUUUUGAUAUAGUCCAUUGAGUCACACUUAAAAAAAUAUAUAUACAUGUAUCAGUAUAUCAUUUAUCUAAAAUAAACUUAUUCAAUCAUCAUUCCAUUGACAAAGAAAUCGAUUAUAAAAAGAUUCCUGAUAGAAAAGAUAAAAUGAUAGCACAUUAGUUAUAUUUUUAUUUUGCAUUGCAUGAUGUGAUUAAGAAUAGGUAAAUAAUUCUAUAAAACAUUUAGUUGUUGUUUAUAUUAUUAUAUGACAUGCGGCCUGCCAAAGGUUUACUUGAUAUCAAAGUGUUUGGCCUCCAGAACUAGAAUUUUAUUCAAUUAUUUGCUGAUCUCUACAAUUAUUAGCUAAGAUGAGCAAGUCAGUACCUAUUAUUUAUUGCUUGCAGUUCAUUUAGCUCUAAUGAUCAGCUUGGACUUGGACCAAGGUCUGGCUUUUUCUGCAAUUUUUUGCCAAAGGAAGUUAUUGUUCGGAAAUGGAAUGCAAAAACUGAAGGUACUUGUUAAUAAUGAAUUUAUGCCUUAUUACAUUUUGCUCUGUAAAUAAAUUAAAUUCUUGUACGUUCAUGCAUGGGUAGCACAUUUGCAAAUCAAGGUGAUUUUGAUGACUCCUCCACCCACCGCAAAUGAAGUUUAAUUUCAAAUAAACCGGGUAUGCAAGAAUUAAAUUAUAAAAUUAAUUUUUAAAUAACAUACAUCCAUUUGUCUGUCUGGAACUAACACUUAAAAGAGAGAGAGAGAAUAUGCAGUUGCGUCACCUUUAAAAUUCUUUACAUGUUUUUUUUACUUUAUCAAUGGAGUUUAAAAAUUUUGGAUAUAAAACUAAAAUUUCACAGAGAAUCAGCAGAAAACUAAAAUAUUCAAUUUUAUUUUUUGAAAAAUGAAUUAUUUUUUAAGGUUAAUAACUAUUAAUUAACAGUAGUGUUAUGACAGGGGUGCGGAGCCCGGGUUACACCUUCAUGGGGACGGGGGGGUGGGGGGGGGGGGUAACUCAAUAAUGUAAAAAUACAUGAUGUUAUAACUGAUCUUAGUGAAUACAAGAGAAGGGUACAAUCAGAUAAAUUUAUUAAAGGAACAAUAUUACUGAUAUGGUUAAGAUGCUCUCUAACGAUGUUGCUUUGCCCAAAGACAAUCAAAAGAGUUUGUAGUGUUAUGACAGGGGUGCGGAGCCCGGGUUACACCUUCAUGGGGACGGGGGGGUGGGGGGGGGGUGUAACUCAAUAAUGUAAAAAUACAUGAGGUUAUAACUGAUCUUAGUGAAUACAAGAGCAGGGUACAAUCAGAUAAAUUUAUUAAAGGAACUAUAUUACUGAUAUGGUUAAGAUGCUCUCUAACGAUGUUGCUGUGCCCAAAGACCAUCAAAAGAGUUUAAAGAGGAGCACAUGUAAAAUUAAAGCAUUUGUAUAAUCUCUUGAAACAUAAACUGUAAGAGAGUUUACUAUUGUCCAAGCAAAUAAUGUGAAGAUGAUAUUUUUCACACAUUUUAGAAUCCUCUAAAAACAUGUUAAUUCUUGCUAUGACUAUGAUCAGAUAAGAGAAAAUCCUCUAUGGGAAAGUUGAAAUGAGAAAUGUUUCUAUGAUUUUACCCAUGUAAGCUGAUUAUCUAUAUAAGGUCCAAUAUUCUUAAAGAUCAGGCAGUUGUUUGAUGGACUUGACAUGAUGUGUUAAUUUCAAGGUUAUGGUAAUAGAAAUACUGUCACAAUGUAUUGAAUCUUUGAAAUAGUCAAGGUUUCUGAUUUUGCCUUUGUUUUUUUAUUGAGUUAUGACUAAUUUACAGCCUUGAAAUUGAAAAACCAUGAAAUGAAAGUUUAACAUUAACAGCUGUAAAAUUUAAUUUAUUAUAAUAAAAGAAAAAGCAAUUUUGUUGAAUUCUUAAAGUCUGUUAGCCAAAAUCUAAAGUUUCUCAUGUCCUGACUCUUUAGUAAUUCCAUUAUUUAUGUAUUUAGCCAUUUUUAUAUAGCGCUUAGCUUAAAGCUCUAAGCGCUUUACAAUUAUUAAAAACAUGUAAACUAAGUAAAAUAAAAAUGAAAAAACCAGAGACACUAGGAUAGUAACUACUAUACUAUAGAAACAAUUAAAAUGACUAUAACACCAUUACAAAUGUGUUAUUAUGUAGGGUGAUGUAUAGGACUUGUAAGUCCAUGAGGUAAAAUCUAAAGAAGUUUAGGAGUUGAAACCAUAAGUUUACUGCACUUUGGUAACACCAACCUUACUGAAACCACUGGUAGUUUAUAAUUUCUUUACUUUUGUUUAUAGAUAUUGACUUAGUCCCUGAAGAUGAACAGCAGAAAUAUAAAAGCAACAAGGAAGAGCUUGAUAAGUUCCUUGGGCCUUAUCCAUAUGAAAAGUAAGUGAUUUAAGUUAAAGUAUUUUUAUUUUAAAAAAAUAAUGCUGUAUGCUUUGAAUCCUGAAAAAUCGAGUUGUAUUAGCUAUGAAAAAGAAGUGGUGGAGUUACAAAAUGAAACCUUGAUAAAUUAUUAUGUUCAUUUUUAAGUUACUUUGAACAAAUGUUAAACAUGUUAAUUUUGAGAAGCUUAAAUGUGAAUGAAAUAGGAUAUCUUCAUUAUCAGCCUUUUUUUAAAACCAAAUAAUCUGCCUACAGAAAAUAUAGCUGGUUAAAAUAAUUUAUAAAAAUGUAAAUCCUAAUGACCAUAUUUAUAUGAUGGCCAUUUCUCUGGUUGACAAUAGUUGACAUUGGAUGUUGUCAGACUUUGAUGUGAUAGGUUUCUCAAUUGCAUACUUCUAGCAAUAUCACUGGUUGAUUCAAUGUAACUUUGCCAUUGACAUCUGGAUUCAUGGUGGUCCACAUAGGCUUAUCCUUGGGUCUCAGCCCAAAGUUCAAAUCUGUGGGAUUCAGAAGAGUGUUCUCUGGUUAUAUUAAUAAAUAUAUAGUCAAACAAGAUAUAUAUUUUUUGUGUGUGUGUACACACAUACAUACAUAUACUAUCAUCUAUAUAAAUAGUAGUUGUUUAUUCUUACCUUGAAAAUAACUAUUACUAGUAUUACUAUAACUAUAAUUGUAAUUAAUUUUUAAAUAGUAUUUUAUAUUGAUACUAUGAUAAAUUACUUAUAAUCAAUAAGCUUUACAAAAUACAUAAAAAUACUAAAUAAUUAAAUCAUCAGCAGAUUAAUCUUAAGCUGAUUUGCUUAUUGUGAAACCCUUGUUGAUGUAAAGAUUUUAGAUUAUACUGAAAUAAUUUUUCUACAUUUCAGGUACAAACAGUGGGUAUCAUUAACUAACCUAAUCAACAUAGAUAUUGUAAAUCUCUUGGAGCCAGAGUGUGGCAGAAUUUACUCAAUAGCACUGUUUGAAUCAGAGGCAAGUACAACACAGUCCAGAAAAGCUGCAGCAACUUCAAUGGCAGAAGUAAAUAUGGAUUUGGAAACCACCCAAAGAUCCAAAAAAGUGAUGCUACCUAAAUUAAAGAAGGUCCAAGGCACAAAAAUCAGGUAUAGUUCAGUGCCUAAAAAGAAGUUUCCAGAUGGGUCAACACCAGCUGAAAUUUCAAAGUACAAUAUGGACUCAACAUAUGCAUUAAAUCUCCUGCUUGCAGAGCGAUUUGACCACAAUAUUGGCAAGCUUUUGGGCGAGGUCCAAUUUGCGUUCAUUUGCUUUCUUAUUGGACAAAAUUAUGACUCCUUUGAGCAGUGGAAAAAACUGGUUUAUCUACUGUGUACUAGCGGUGAUGCAGCCAUACAACAUCCAGACGUAUAUUUAGAUUUCAUCACUAUUUUACAUUUCCAAAUUCGUGAAAUACCAUCAGAGUUUUUUGUUGAUAUUGUUACAAGGAAUAAUUUUUUAACAUUAACACUGCAUGAACUGUUUCAAAAUUUGCUUAGUGACAAUAUUGAUUCUAAAUUAAAACAGAAGAGCAUCAGUUUUCAAAAGCAUCUAACUGAAAAGUUUAAAUGGGAUUUUUCUACAGAGCCUGAUGACUAUGCCCCUGUUGUUGUUGAUGAUAAGCAAUAAUUUUAAAAAUAAAUGAAACAAUUUAAAACAUUACAAUGUUUAUUGCACCUGUUUAAUCUUAUGAUUGUAAUUAAACUUUAUUUAAUUUUAA